GAUACGACGCUCUCGAUCAAAUCACAAUUUCUCAUCUCGCGAAUCCUGUUUCUAAUGACCAUCAAACCGUCACCGACCGUCGCCAAACUGGUCAACAGUAUGAACUUCUUGAUCAAUUGCUGGAGAUAUUGAAGUCUAUGAUUUUUAUUGCGGUGCAAGGUGAUCCCGAUUCCUCCAUUGAUAGAAAUUCAAAAUAUGGCGUUGAUUUCGAUGAAGUUAUCACCCCACUCGUCGCAUUGCUAAAGAAGUUGGCAGAUGAGGACGACUCGGCAAAGAACAUAGAAAGAAAUCGAUUGUUGCCGGAUGACGUGGAUCGAUCGAAACCACUGGAAAAAGGAGACAGCUUCUCCGCACGUCUGAUUCGGCUUAUGACAUCGGUCAUGUUGCCAAAUUUGAGAGAUAGCGUCGGCGAAUUGUUGUACACAUUAUGCGAUCAAGAUGCCAACGUGUUUAUCUACCACAUCGGCUAUGGAAACGGAGCGGGAUUCUUGAUGAGCCGUAACAUAAUGAUCCCACCACCAUCGGCAAAACAGUACGUCCACAACUCUGACAAGUCGAUUAACCCCAUCACCGGUCAGUACUUGGAUGAUGAGCCUCCAUCGCUGGCGAGCAUGACGGACGAGGAAAAAGAGCGAGAAGCAGAAAGAUUAUUCGUGUUAUUUGAACGGCUCAAGAAAACUGGCGUCGUGGAUGUGGUGAAUCCAGUGGAAGAGGCAAUGAGGUCUGGUAAAUUGCAGGAGAUAAAAGAUGAAGGCAAAGAUGAUGAAAGUGAAAGUGAUUAG